ACAGCGUCAAGAAAAUCAAACAAAAAUAACAGGUGUCACAAGUGACAGCCCUCUUUCCUUAGAAACUAUUCAAAAUGAACAGCCACGUAAACGCCAAACAUUACAAACUGAAGAAAAAUUGAAGAUGAACAGCUG